AUAGAGGCCUGGGGUGGCCGGGCACGGGGGACAAGGAUGGAAGAGUUGGCUUAGUCUAGCUUGAAGCUCUGUGGGUGCUCAGAGCAGCGGGAUACAGCAAGGCCUCGGCCCUCACCGCCUCUCUCAGAAUGACACUGCCGCGUCUCUGGGCACUUGAACUGCCCAUCACCACAGUUCAAGUGUGCUGUUUGAUUGCACUCGGGCUCCGUAGCCGGGGCUGACGCCGUCCCCGCUGCUGUAAAGGCGACCCCUAUUCGUGCCCUCCGGGGUGAUGCGCGCUGGUGACGUUUUCUCGGUGACACCCCUCCUCGCGGCCGAAUUGCUGGUGGUACGCUCCCGGCCGGAAGCGGCCACCGACAAAUCAGUUGGGCGGGGUGGGGCGGCCAAGCGCGCAUGCUCCAACGGGGCGGGCCCGCGGUGGGGCGGGGCCUUGGGGCCAUCCAGUCCGCGAGCAGCGCGGGGCCGGGGCGCUCGGGAAGCGCCGGCAGGACUGCGGGGACUCCUCCGCGCUGCGCCAUGGCGGUGUCCGUUCCCGGCUACUCGCCCAGCUUCAAGAGGCCGCCAGAGAUUGUGCGGCUCCGCCGGAAAAGAUCUCGGAACCACAGUGCCGCCGUGCCUUCCGCACUGCCGGAGCCCACGCCCCGCCGCGCGGCGCUUGCGGCCGGGCUGCCCCUGCGCUCCUUCCCGAGCUCGGGCGGCAGAGGCGGCGCCGCGACCGUCGCCCGCAGGAACCCUUUCGCCCGCCUGGACAACCGGCCGCGGGUCGCCAACGAGGCUCGCGAGCAGCCGUCUCGGGGUCCGCAGGGAGCUCCGGGCUUGCUUUUAGAUUCUAAUGGAGAAAAUAAUUUGCCGUGGGAGGAAGUGUCUCAUGAAAGAACUGUCACCGAACUGUCGCAGAGUCAACAUGUACCAUUCUCUGAAUCAGAUACGACUUCUUCAGAAGGUGCUGAGUUACCUGCGGACUGGAGUAUUAAAACCCGACUCCUUUUCACCUCCUCUCAACCCUUUUCCUGGGCAGAUCAUUUGAAAGCACAGGAAGAAGCCCAAGGUCUUAUCCAGCAUUGUAGGGCCACAGAAGUCACUUUACCCCAGAGUGUAGAGGAUCCCAAGCUCUCCACUGAGCUCCGUUGUGCCUUCCAGCAAACCCUUGUCUACUGGCUUCACCCUGCCUUUUCAUGGCUGCCUCUUUUCCCUCGAAUUGGAGCUGAUAAGAAGAUGGCUGGAAAGCCCAGUCCAUGGUCAAAUGAUGAAACUCUGCAACAAACUCUACUGAGUGACUGGUCUGUGAGUUUUACUUCUUUGUAUAAUCUGCUGAAGACAAAGCUUUGCCCCUUUUUCUAUGUCUGUACCUAUCAGUUUACUGUCCUGUUCCGGGCAGCAGGAUUAGCAGGAAGUGAUGUGGUCACAGCACUUGUAUCUCCUACAACUAGAGGCUUAAGAGAAGCUAUGAAAAAUGAAGGUGUUGAAUUCUCUCUGCCUUUGCUAGAAGAAAGUGGCCACAAGAAGAAAGGACGAGAAGCAAACCUGGAGUCUGAGGAGGAGCCAGCGGCCAGCGAUGAAGAUGAAGAGGAAAGCUUUUCUUGGCUGGAAGAGAUAGGUGUGCAAGAUCAAAUUAAAAAGCCAGACAUGAUCUCCGUCAAGCUACUUAGAGAAAAAACUGAAGUACAAAUGGAUCACAGACCUGAAUCUGUUGUACUGGUGAAAGGACUCAACACUUUCACGUUGCUCAAUUUUUUGAUCAACUGCAAGAGCUUAGUUGCUACCUCCGGUGCACAGGCAGGCCUCCCUCCAACCCUUUUAUCCCCGGUAGCCUUCCGAGGUGCCUCGAUGCAAAUGCUUAAGGCACGAAGCAUUAAUGUAAAGACACAAGAUCUUUCUGGGUACAGAGACAAGUUUAGCUUGGAGAUCACAGGUCCUGUCAUGCCUCAUGCUCUGCAAUCUGUGAUCAUGCUACUCAGAUCUUCACAGAGAGGGUCAUUCUCUGCUGGGAUGUAUGCACAUGAGCCAACUGCUGCAUUCAAUGUCUGCCUGCCGCUGGAGAAGGAACCGCAUAGAAAAGAUGCUCCUAAGGACCUUGCUAACUGUGGGCUGCACCCCAAAACCCUGCAGCAGCUCAGUCAAAUACCACUACUGGGGAAGUCAUCCUUAAGGAAUGUGGAAAUGAAUGACUACAUUUUUAAUUGGAGAUCCUGAACACCAAAAUGCUACAUGUAAAAAAAUAAACCAUAGUCUAUAUAAUUAAGAUUCUUGGAAAAUGAGAAGAUUCAAAGGGCAAAGAGGACACUCCUGGAAAAUAGAAGACAAUUAAGGUAAGUUAGUUGUCAAGUAGUAUUCAGAGGCAGAACUCAGUCCAAAUUCUGAUUUCAUCAGCAUGUUUUCUAUAAUAUCAAACUAGAACCAUUGAGUUUCAUUAUGAACUCAUUAUCGGUAGCUUUACUAACAAGCCAUUUAAAUGGUACCGGUUUUUUUACUUGUUUGUUUUUUUUUGGGGGGGGUGGGGGGGGUGGGGGGUUCGAGACAGGGUUUCUUUGUGGCUUUGGAGCCUGUCUUGGAACUAGCUCUUGUAUACCAGGCUGGCCUCGUAGGUUUUUAAUGGUCUAGUUGAUUAUUAGUGUAACUUCAGAAGCAGUAAGUGAGGUCCGUGGAUAAGCAGCAGAACACCACUAGUCAAUAUAACUCUACUCAUAGCAGGGUUCCCGGAGCACAGACAGGAAUGGAUAAGCUUUGAUCCUAAGAACCCAGAAGCUCAAAAAAUUCUAGUCAGUACGUAGUUAUUUUGAAGUACAUACAUUUAUUACCAUAAUCUAGAAUUAACACUGGUUUUUAAAAGUGUUAAGUCUUCCCCCAAAAUCUUGUCAUCUACCUUUGAAAACUUAGGCUAAAGUUCAUGGGGAAUAAUUGAAUGGUUAGCAUGGGAGGUAGGUCACCACAUCACAGAUUUCUUAUAUACAAUGAAAGCAUAACCUCCUGUGCUAAGCAGGUGACAGAUUUAAGGGCUUAACCACUUUAUGAUGAAAACAAACUGAGUUUUAUGAACUCAAUAUUCUCUUCUAAUAUCAUUUAACAUACUAUUAUUUUCCAGUAAUUUCACAUAAUAAAUUUUUUUAAAAAGUGUUUAAUACAAAGGCUUACUGUUUUCACAUAAAUAGGUAUUGUAUGGACACUGCAAAUGAAAGUCAGUAAAGCAGCUUUUAAAAAAAAUAGAAGCUAGCAAUAAUCUCACUGUGUACUGUGUAUAACUGUUACAAAAGUAAAUCUAUAUACCAAUGGAAGGAUCAAGUAUCUUUUUCCCAACUUCAAAUCUGCUUACGUAUCAUUCAUUCUAAGUUAUCUUGACUGAAAUUGUCUCACGACUCCUUUCACUAACAAAGUAUACUUUUCUGGCUUAAAAUGAAAAUAGAUAAGUAAAUAAAUAAAUAAACAUAAUUGAUGCCCAUUAGACUAUUGUAAAUGAAAGCUCUUACUUGCUUAGUUAACAGUAUUAUUCCAUGCUUAAUAUUUAGUUUUAAGGUCUACAAAAAUGAGGACAGCCUAUGUAAAGUCACACCAAAAUACUAUACUCAUUUAUUGUGAGUUAAUUCCUGGGACUCAAAUCUCUUCCAGGUAAUUCCUAAGUCUUUCAAUGUGAAUAUAGUGUUUUCAGACCAAAAUUUAUUAUUUCUUAGGCCUACCUUAGAUGUAAAGUUACUUGAACUGUCAAGUAGAAUUAUCUUGUAGAUAUUUUUGUCUGUGCAGACCCACCAAACAACCAAAUGAGACACAUACCAUUUUUGCAUUACUCUUCUUAAACUUACUUUGGCUUCAGAGCAAUUUGCAAACCUAAGUGAUGGGUGCUAAGUCAUAGUAAGUUUCUAUUCUUGAAAGACACUGGGGGAAAUGUCUACUCAUUCCAAUCAGAACCUUUCAAUAUCCAACAUAAAGUUCCAGCUUCAUAGCCAUAAAAUACACUGAGCUCUAACUAAAUCUAAGUAAAACAAAAAAAUUUACCUAAAAAUCUGUCCUUUACUGGCCUGUUUACACUACAUUUUUCUUGUAAACUUGAUUGAGAAAUAACUAAAAUACUCCUUCUAGAGCCCAAAAGAAACUCCUUUAAGCCUCAGUAUUAUUUCAUAUUAAAUUAAAUACUUCAUAUAAAAGACAUGUUUAAUAUACCAACCUUGAUGUUUAAAUAAGUGACAACUAUUUCCUAAUCAACUGCAUUUAUUUUUUCAAAGGCUUAGCAAAUCAUUAAGUUUAUAUAAAAAAAUUCACUUAUUUCCUAUUUUAUGUUGAUAUAUAUCAAAAAUUGAGACAGUCUAGAUUACCUUAGGUUGGGAAUAUAGCCCAGCUGUAGAGCACUUGCCUAGCAUGUACAGAACUACGAGUUUCAUCUCUAGCUUCACAAAAGGAGGGGGUUUAACAUCUACAAGAGUUUUAUUCAGCUUUUCAAGGUAAUUCAUAUUAUAUGCUAAGACGUAAAGCACUAACUAAACUGCAGUCCCCAAAGCAUUAAUAGUCAAGAUUCUGAUAAAAUGUUACAUAGUCUCAUUAAAACACAUAAAAUACAAUAGCUAGCUGGGCAUAGUGGUACACAGUUUUAUUUCCAGCAUUUAGGAGGCAGAGGCACAUAGAUCUAGGUUCAAGGCCAGCCUAGUCUACAUGAGAGAGUUCAGGCAAGCCAGAGCUAUGUAGAGACCCUGUCUUGGGAAAACAACACACACACAGCACUUGGAAUUUGGGAACUUUAGUGGCUAGUGACUGCUACAUUGAAAAAUGUUUUAUAUUCUUAACCAGUCUUUAAUGUUCAAAAAUAAGAAAUAUGAGAAAGGUUCCAGGUUUCCCUCCACAAACUAAAAAGAGAUAUUUGUAAAGUCUGUAAAGCUACUGUCAAUUAUUAGCAUGUCGUUUCUUCUAUAAAGUAACUGUGGUGCCACUACUCUGGGUAUUAGAGUAGAAAUGCUGAUUCCUUCGCCUAAAAUAAAGAAAAUCUAUUAUACUGUCCUGAAUUACAAUUCUCACAUUUCUGUAACUCCUUAUCUAAAAGACUGCAGCUGCUCUACAGUCUGGACAUGAGGUCACCACCACAAUCACACAUAGACAUUAAGUUCACUUACUCUCCCUCUGGGAAGCCAAGCAGUUUCUAUAAACAACAAAAAAAAAAACUAAAAAUUUCACAGAAAUUCAGUGACUGAUAGGAAAGAGCUUAAGGUGAGUGCGCAGGGCUAAAUUGGAUUAUUUUCUACACAGGUGACUGCAGGUUAUCUCAAAAGGCACGCAGCAAACUCUAAUAACAGCUAAAGAAAAACAACCAGCCUAGAAAACAUUUACAAUACUUAACAAAAAUGAAAAAAAAAAUGCAUCAGAUCAUAUGAAAUAACAGUGUCAACUUCAAAAAGGCACAUCAACAUACAAGUUCCCUAAGUCACUUUUUCAUAUGAAUUAUUUUUAUUAUACAAAAUUCUAUACCAUAAUUGAGUUAUAAGGGAAUUAAUUAAUAUUUUUCUCCUUCUAAGUGCGUCAGAGAAAUUCGGGGUUACCAGUCUAUAAAGAUCUAGGGAAAAAAAGAGUAAGUAACAAGGCUAUAAUUUACGUAUAGCAGUAUUAUAAUUCAAGAACUAUGCUUUAACUAAGCCCAGUUACAAUUUUCAUCCUUUUCCAAGAAGUGAGCUUUGAUAAACUUGAUAAACUUAGAGAAUUUUAGCUACAAGGAUGUAGACAGGAUCCAAUACAAACUGUGCGUAUCACACCACUUGUGCAUGUGUCCUACCUCUAAUCUACAGUAAGCCUUUGCUGACCUUAUUAAAGAACUGUCCUUGGUGACUGCUUUUCUAACAUGAGUUUUCCAACUUUCUUUGUUUAUAAAUCAGAUUGACACAAAUAUCGUGAAAAUUCUGUAGUCACUCCUUUCUGAGGAUGAAGCUGGCUGGUUUCUGGGAAGGAAGACGAUGCUAUGGCAGAGGGGAACACCAUCUUGAUGAGUUGUUUUCCAUGCACAUGGAUUUAUGCAGUUUCAUCCAUGUCAGCACACUCACGUGCAAGACAGUUGUGGGAGUAGGAAUAACAAGGAUAAUUUAGCCCUUGUGAAGAUAAAAUUCUGUCAUCUUCGCUAAAAUGUUUUGUGGUCAAGACUGAAGAUCCAUAAACUUCAAUUAUACUUAUUAAAACAAAAAAGACUGAUUUUAAAAAAUAUUACCUUGCCACUUAGAAAAAAUUUUUUGCAUUACUCUUAAAAUAAAAAAAAAAAAAAAAAAAAAACAU